AUGCCUCCCUUACAUGAUUAUCGUAGCGGUCGUGAUGAGUAUCUACUCCAUAUUUCUGGUCCAUUUGACCCAGCCCUUCCGGCCAGGCUACGUCCAAGAGAUGUACCCGGGCGGGCCGAACCCAAGGGUUCAUCCUGGGCUAGUGACCCGGUCGGAGCCACUUCCCUGCCAGUGCACGCCGGAGAGCUUGGCGGGGCUGAAGGGUCGAACCGGCACAUUCAUGUGGCGCCAAAACUCCCACGAAACGCCACCGUCUACAUCGUGGCCCCCCACGAGGAGUUCGUGCCGAACCUCAUCCCGAUGACCUUCUUCCUGCUGCUGCUGGCCUUCACCGACGGCACGGCGAGGACCGCGGAGGUCUUGCCGCGGCGGGCGCUGGCCCAGCUGGCCAUCGCUGGGGACGUGCUGGUGCUGGACAACAACGGCGUCGAGUCCUACGUCUACGACAGCUCUCUACCCGUGUUCCAAAGGACUCAACGGUACCAGCCAGGGGAGCGCCAGGCCACACGGCCAUCCCGGAAGUUGACGAAGUUGUCGGGUGAUUCCGGAGAAGACGAGGAGAGUCCAAGAAAUGCGGCAGCAGCCUCGGCCGAUGAAGCGGCCGCUGCCGGCGAUUCCGACUCCGCUACUACCGCCAGAAGAGCGGGCCGCGGCGGCAAUGGCGGCGUUGCCGAGCGACAUCGACGGCGGCAGUUGCUGCACGGGCAGGCGCCAGGAGGCUCGCGUGCUGCGGACACGAGCAACGCUUCGAGCGGUAACCAUCUGCGGGUGCUCGAAAGAAACUACAACUGGGAGGACGGCGAGGGCACGCGGCGACUUGCCUGGGCCCCGCUCAGAGACGGGGAAAACGGUGGCGGGGUGAGGGGCGGGGACGGGGGCUGGGGCAGGGAGGAGCCAGUGGGGCGAGAAGCGAAGGUUUAUGGCGAUGGUGAUGCCAGUGUGGUUUUUGAUGUUGACGUCCGCGGCGAGCACACCGGAGAGCCGACUGUAGGGGGUGAGGUAGCCGCAAGAAGAGCCUUGGGCGUGGCGGAAUCCUUGGCGGCGGGGAUGGCGGCGGGCCAGCAGCUUGAUCACGGGUCGACGGCCUACAGAGACGACAGCCAGGCAGCACGAGCAGCGGAAGCAUCCACAACGGCGGCGGACCCGAACGCAAUCGAUCAGGCGGCAGGCGCGAGCCUAAGCCGACGUGGAGAAGCCGGGGCGCAACAACAUGAGCGUCGCGAUGAUGCCCGCCGUGCGGAGUACCAGUACGCUGCGAGGGCGGAGGCGGAAGAGGUAGAGGGGCCGGAGUUCUUCCCUCUCCCCACCCUGGCCGGGCAGCGGCAGCAGCCACGCACCAGGCCGUGCGCGUGCGCGCGAUAUAUCGGGGAGUUCGGGGCUGCGCCGGUGGAACGGGGGUACUGGUUCCGCGAGGAAAAGGUGGAGAAUACGAGAGCUAGGAUAGAUGCCCUCUGCGGCGACGUGUACCGCCGGCGCCAGGAGGGGCGGCACGCCGCGGAAAAGGAGGGUGGCGACGGGAGAGAGUCUAGCAGAAAGCGGCGACAACGGCUGGUGAUCUACCAGAGGAACGACAACCGUCGGCUCUUGUCCCUCGACGAUAACGUGGCCGUGUUCCAGCACCUUCUGGGGCCGACGUGGGAGGUGGUGCAGAUAGUGCACGACAACGCGCACGAGCCGUGCUGGCUCUACUCGCAGCUGAUGGACGCCGAUAUGCUGCUGACUCCGCACGGGUUCCAGUCGAUGCUGCUGUUGUUCCUACCCCCCGGCGCCACCAUCCUCGAGGUUUUUCCGUACAAGUACUGGAAGGAGGGCUACGCGCCCCUCGCGAAGGAGUGGGGCGUGCGGCACGAGCACAUCAUGUCCCGCCCGGUGUCCUGGGAGAAGCGGCUGGCGCUGUUCUUCGUUCCGCUGGAGCGGUGUAUGAAGAGCAUCCACUGCCGCAAAUGGAGCCGCAGCGCCGACGUGCGCCUGGAGGAGCACCACCUCCGACAGAUAGCCAAGGCCGCAAAGCAAGCCUCGAAACGGAAGCGGGAGUUUCUGCCGCCGCUUGCCCCGCCUGGCCAAUAG